AUGGAGAAAACAAUUUACUCAAGAAAUGUAAACUGUAUAAAGUGUGCUGUUGUGGGAGACGGAAUGGUGGGCAAAACAUCUAUGCUAUAUUCGUACUCUCGUGGUGUGUUUAAUCAUAAGUAUACUGCAACCGUUUUGGAGACAUAUACAGUUUCCUUGAGGACUGGUGAAGACACGAUAUUGGUAAAAAUCUACGACACUGCCGGACAGAAUGACUUUGAAAAAUUUCGUGUUGAUCCGUACCUGGAAAGCGACGUUAUCAUUCUGUGUUUUUCUGAGACCGAUAUGGAAUCAUUCUCCAACGUUAUUCAAGUGUGGAUGCCAGAGAUCAAACAACACGUUAACAGAAAAAUUCCUGUCAUCCUUAUCGGCACAAAGACUGACCUGCGUGGACGUGUGAAGUCUGUGAUAAAGCGGGAAGAUGGACUUCAAAUGGCGAAGUUGAUCGGUGCUGCCGCUUAUGUGGAGUGUUCUGCGAGGAAUGGUGUCGGUCUUGACAUUUUAUUUACAACAAUUAUCGAAUGUGCUUCGAGAACAAAUAAGCGAAAGAACAGUUUUUUGAACAGGCUGUUAAAACGAUAA